GCUUUAUUUGUCCCCAGGGGCCAAUUAAGGACGCACAGACAAGGCAACAAGGAACAAUUAAAGGUGUAAGUAACAUAGGAUAAACAAAUUGGAGUAAAUAUAUACAUACAAUAAAUGAAAAAGAAACACAUACCUAGAGAGGUUUUACACAAAAAAAGUAUUUUCAUAUGAGAGAAAUAAGUCAGCGUUGCUCAAAAGGAGUGCCCACAUAUUAGUCUUACCAGUAAUUUAUCUUAAAUCUAGUACCACACAUUAGUAGGCCCCUAAUUCUUGCCUAAAUAGAUGCAUACACCGACUAUAUGUCAUCGUAUUCAAUUAUUAUUAUUGAAACAACAAAUAUAGCCUCAUUUACAACAGUAACAACUUUCUGUUUCUCGCACAAACUACCGGAAUAAGCCACUGACAUGUAAAUAUCGCUACUUUCGUACAAGCUGCUAAUUUGGAAGUAGAAAGACAUUUCCGAGUGGCCCUGAAUGCAUCAUAAUAACAGCUCUCCCCACCUUGCUAGUGGUAGCUAGCACGUUAGCUAAUGCGGCUACCGCACCUACAGACGACGUUAAAUUAGACUGAAAGUCUUCUCUGGUAAAACAAAAUCAAUAGGCUGUUAAAUGUGUCCCAUGUGACUGCGUUAUCUCGUUUAAACCACGGCGGACGGUCGUGCUCAGUCGACUUUAUCUCCUAACGCCAAUGCUAGCUGCGCAACGGGCCGCGGUAGCUGAUUAGCUGUCUGCUGGUUUCCCCUUUGCAAAGAGGACUUCAAUGAAUGGGGCUUGAUUUACGGAUUGAAGACAUCAGUCAACAAAGUACGCUCGCUGCUAGCCUCCCCCCUUGUUGUGGUCCAGGCUGACUGCGGUCCAGCAGUGGGUAAACGUCGUUUAUUUGAGGCGCUGAGUAUUAUGUUACCCGACGAACAAUGCGAGCAGCCGCAGGACUCAGCUGGCCGUAGAUAACUUUAAUAAAAAUGCGUCCUCACCGAGGAAUCAUGCACUGCCGAGGUACAGAGACGUAGCAACAGCUAUGUUAGCUUGCGUAACGUAAAAUCGCAGCCAGCGCUGUAAAGCUGGAGUGUUUUGUUGCGUGUUUGCAAACUUCCUCUCAAGCCCCGCGAUCGUCUUUGUGCCAAGUCUUGGAUUGAUUUUUUUUUUUAAUUUCUUUUUGGGUAAAGCUGUUGUUCAAGUGAAGGAAUGGUGGGAUCUCGGACUGACCCUGCCCUCCGUCCCGGGUAGGGGAGUAGUGGUGGAGAGAGACUCCCCGGCCUGGCUUGGACCGCUGUUUACGGAUGAUGAGGAUGAUGAUGGAGGUGGGGGGAAACAUUCACCAGCAGCUGCAGAUCGCUUGUUUGGAUUUUUACAUUCACUUUCUGACCACGUUAUGAUCCGCCUGUCACUGGAGUGAUUUGUUAUUUCGACUUGGAAGCAUCAUGAUGGACAAGGAGGAAGUCCCCCCCAGAAGACAAUUAUUGAAGAUAAUCAUGGACUGUUGAGCUGUGCAUUUUUUUGUUGUUGUUGUUUUAAAUCAUCAGACAUUACAUUUAAAGACUGUUUCACGGGAUCCUGUCCGACAUGUCUGCGUUUGCCGAGUUCGUCCCUCCCCCUGAAUGCCCGGUGUUUGAGCCGAGUUGGGAGGAUUUCUCGGAUCCUUUAGGAUUUAUCAACAAGAUCCGACCGAUUGCAGAGAAAACGGGCAUCUGCAAGAUCCGGCCCCCCGAGGAUUGGCAGCCUCCAUUUGCCUGCGAUGUACGCAACUUCCGCUUCACUCCCAGAGUACAAAGACUUAAUGAACUUGAGGCCCUCACUCGGGUUAAACUCAACUUUCUGGAUCAGAUCGCAAAGUUCUGGGAGCUGCAGGGAUCCAAGAUUCGCUUCCCUCAUGUGGAGAGAAAGAUAUUGGACCUCUAUCAGCUCAGCAAGAUUGUGUCGUCGGAGGGCGGCUUUGAGACGGUGUGUAAAGAGAAGAGAUGGUCCAACGUGGCCAGCCGGAUGGGCUUCCCUCCCGGCAAAGGCACCGGUUCGCUUCUGCGCUCCCACUAUGAGAGAAUCCUUUAUCCGUACGAGCUCUUCCAGUCUGGAGCCACGCUAACCGGCCUCCAGCGGCUGUAUGAUGAGGGAAAUGAUGGGGAUGACGUAGACGAGGGAGUGGGCGAGGAAGCGAUGGAAGAAGAGGAGCAAGACGAGGAGGAGGAAGAGGAGGAGAAGGAUAAGGAGAAAGAGGGGGAGGGCGAUCCAACGCAAAACAAGGAGCGGCUUCCGCCUGAGAGACGCUCCAGGCGCCUAAAGUCAGAGAGGGAAAACAAGGAGCCGAAGGGGCACAAACUGUUUGGAACAAGUCCCAAAAUGGUUGGCUUGGAGAUUGUGGCGGCUGAUGACGGGUUCAACAAGAAGCAGCGACACCUCAAAGCUCAGGCUUUUGCGAUCAAAAUGAGACCACGCAAGGAGACGCUGGAGGUCAACUUUAUCCCCCAGAUCGACCUCUACCUCUGUCUGGUAUGCGGACGGGGCGACGAGGAGGACCGGCUCCUGCUGUGCGACGGCUGUGACGACAGCUACCACACGUUCUGCCUCAUCCCACCCCUGCAGGAUGUGCCCAAGGGAGACUGGCGGUGUCCCAAGUGUGUUGCCGAGGAGUGCAGUAAGCCCAGGGAGGCGUUUGGCUUCGAGCAGGCCGUGAGGGAGUACACGCUGCAGAGCUUCGGAGAAAUGGCCGACCACUUCAAGUCGGACUACUUCAACAUGCCCGUUCACAUGGUCCCCACGGAGCUGGUGGAGAAGGAGUUUUGGCGUCUCGUCAGCAGCAUCGAGGAGGAUGUCAUCGUGGAGUACGGAGCCGACAUCAGCUCUAAGGACGUGGGCAGCGGGUUUCCUGUCAGGGACGGCAAGAGGAGGCUGCUGGGAGAUGAGGAGGAGUACGCCAACUCAGGCUGGAACCUGAACAACAUGCCGGUGCUGGAGCAGUCGGUGCUCACCCACAUCAACGUGGACAUCUCGGGCAUGAAGGUACCCUGGCUCUACGUGGGCAUGUGUUUCUCCUCGUUCUGCUGGCACAUCGAGGACCACUGGAGUUACUCCAUCAAUUUUCUGCACUGGGGUGAACCCAAGACUUGGUACGGCGUGCCUGCCUCUGCUGCUGAGAAGCUCGAGGCUGUAAUGAAGAAGCUGGCUCCAGAGCUGUUUGACUCCCAACCUGACCUGCUCCAUCAGCUGGUCACCAUCAUGAAUCCCAACAUCCUCAUGGAGCACGGUGUCCCUGUGUACAGGACCAAUCAGUGUGCUGGAGAGUUUGUGGUGACCUUUCCCAGGGCCUACCACAGUGGCUUCAACCAGGGCUACAACUUUGCAGAAGCUGUUAACUUCUGCACUGCUGACUGGUUACCAAUGGGGCGUCAGUGUGUUGCCCAUUACCGGCGGCUCCACCGCUACUGCGUCUUCUCCCACGAGGAGCUGCUGUGCAAGAUGGCCGCUGAUCCGGAAAGCCUUGACGUGGAACUGGCUGCUGCCGUCUUCAAAGAAAUGGGAGAGAUGACAGAGGAGGAGACGAAACUCAGACAAGCUAUACAAGAGAUGGGGGUGCUGUCCUCAGAACAGGAGGUCUUUGAGCUUCUUCCAGAUGACGAGCGCCAGUGCUACAAGUGUAAGACAACGUGUUUCCUGUCUGCACUGACCUGUUCCUGCAGCCCUGAUCGGUUGGUUUGUCUGCACCACGCAACGGAUCUUUGUGACUGUCCACUGGGCGACAAGUGUCUUCGGUAUCGUUACGAUCUGGAGGAGUUUCCCUCCAUGCUGUAUGGCGUGAAGACUCGGGCACAGUCCUAUGACACCUGGGCAAAAAGAGUCACAGAAGCCUUGGCUGCAGACCAGAAAAGCAAAAAAGAUCUAAUUGAGCUCAAGGUCUUGGCGGAGGAUGCAGAGGAUAGAAAGUAUCCUGAGAACGCUUUGUUCCGUCGCCUGAGGGAAAUGGUCAAAGAGGCAGAGACGUGCUCUUCUGUAGCGCAGCUGCUGCUCAGCCGCAAGCAGCGACACAGCAGCCGCCUGCGGUCGGAGAGCAGUCGCAACCGCACCAAACUGACGGUGGAUGAGCUCAAAGCCUUCGUGGAUCAGCUCUACAGGCUCCCCUGCAUCAUCAGCCAGGCGCGACAAGUCAAGGAGUUGCUGGAGAACGUGGAGGAUUUCCACGAGCGGGCCCAGGUGGCGCUGUCGGACGAGAUGCCCGAUUCCUCCAAGCUGCAGGCGCUUUUGGACCUGGGCAGCGGCCUGGACAUAGAGCUGCCUGAGCUGCCUAGACUCAAGCAGGAGCUCCAGCAGGCCCGCUGGCUCGAUGAGGUUCGUGUCACUCUUGCCGAGCCGAACCGUGUCACUCUGGAGCUGAUGAAGAGGCUGAUAGACUCCGGGGUGGGUCUGGCUCCCCAUCACGCUGUUGAGAAGGCCAUGGCUGAACUGCAGGAGAUCCUCACUGUCUCAGAGAGAUGGGAGGAUAAGGCUCGUGCCUGCCUGCAGGCCAGGCCUCGACACAGCAUGGUGACGUUGGAGAGCAUUGUUCUCGAAGCCAGGAACAUCCCGGCGUACCUGCCUAACAUUCUGGCCCUCCGAGAGGCCCUACAGAAGGCCAAGGAGUGGACCUCCAAGGUGGAGGCCAUCCAGAGCGGCAGCAGCUACGCUUACCUGGAGCAGCUGGAGAGCCUGCUGGCCAGGGGUCGCUCCAUACCCGUCCGGCUAGAUCCGCUGAAUCAGGUGGAGUCUCAGGUGGCUUCGGCUCGAGCCUGGAGGGAGAGGACUGCUCGCACUUUUCUCAAGAAGAACUCCACGUACACGCUGCUCCAGGUCCUCAGCCCCCGUGUCGACAUUGGCGUAUACGGCAACAGUAAGAGCAAGAGAAAGCGCGUCAAAGAGCUGAUGGAGAAGGAGAGAGGCGGAUUCGACCCCGACACCCUGAGCGACCUGGAGGAGAGCCUCGAGGAGGUGCGGGACCCCUCCACUGUCGUAGCAGCUUUCAAAGCCAAAGAGCAGAAAGAAGUGGAGGCCAUCCACUCGCUCCGUGCUGCCAACUUAGCCAAGAUGGCCAUGGCCGACCGCAUCGAGGAGGUCAAGUUCUGCCUGUGCCGAAAGACUGCCAGCGGCUUCAUGCUGCAGUGUGAGCUCUGCAAGGACUGGUUCCACGGAGCUUGUGUUCCCCUCCCUAAGACGGGAUCUCAAAAGAAAAUGGGUGUCGGUUGGCAGAGCAAUAGCAAAGACUCCAAGUUCUUGUGUCCGCUGUGCCAGCGGUCGAGGAGGCCGAGACUAGAGACCAUUCUGUCGUUGCUGGUUUCGCUGCAGAAGCUUCCGGUGCGGCUGCCAGAAGGAGAAGCCCUCCAGUGUUUGACAGAGAGGGCAAUGAGCUGGCAGGACCGAGCACGUCAAGCCCUAGCAACGGAGGAGUUGUCCUCAGCCCUGGCUAAGCUGUCUGUGCUGAGCCAGCGCAUGGUGGAGCAGGCUGCUAGGGAGAAAACAGAGAAGAUCAUCAACGCUGAGCUGCAGAAAGCAGCUGCUAACCCUGACUUACAGGGCCACAUCCAAACUUUUCAGCAGUCUGGUUUCAGCAGAGCCACGUCGCCGCGGCCGUCCGUGGACUACGACGACGAGGAGACGGACUCCGACGAGGACAUCAGGGAGACUUACGGCUACGACAUGAAGGACCCGGGUGAGGUGAAGCCCUACCUCUUCUGCGACGAGGAGAUUCCUGUAAAGUCAGAAGAGGUGGUCAGCCACAUGUGGCCGGCCGCCACGCCUUCCUUUUGCGCCGAACACGCCUACUCCUCCGCCUCAAAGUCCUGCGUGCAAAACCUGGGAACACCCAGAAAGCAGCCCCGGAAGACCCCUCUGGUACCCCGGAGCCUGGAGCCGCCGGUGCUGGAGCUGUCCCCUCAGGCUAAGGCCCAGCUGGAGGAGCUGAUGAUGCUGGGAGACCUGCUGGAGGUGUCCCUGGAUGAGACCCAGCACAUCUGGAGGAUCCUGCAGGCCACGCACCCUCCCUCUGAGGAGAGAUUCCUGCAGGUCAUGGAGCCCGACGACUCUUUGAUGGAGAAGCCUCUGAAGAUCAAACUCAAAGAUUCAGAGAAGAAAAGGAAGAGGAAGCUGGAACGGGCGGAGCACCACCACAUACUAAUGGCCGCCGCGGCCGCAGGCGGGGUCUCGGCGAUCGGAGAAAUCAGACCCCCCAAGACCAAAGAGCUGAAAAGAGUAGGCCUCGAGCUCGGCCUGGGCAAACCCAAGAAGAAGAAGCUCAAGCUCAACCUGGACAAGAACCGCGAGAUGAAACAGCUGGCCAAGCGGUUAGCCAAGGAGGAGAAGGAGAGGAAGAGGAAGGAGAAGGCGGCGGCGAAGGCCGAGGCCAUCAGGGAGGGACUGGAGAAGAGGAAGGAGAAGAAGAUCCUCGACAUUCCCUCCAAGUACGACUGGUCGGGGGCCGAGGACUCGAAUGACGAGAACGCAGUGUGCGCCGCCAAGAACUGUCAGAGACCCUGCAAAGACAAGGUGGACUGGGUGCAGUGCGACGGCGGCUGCGACGAGUGGUUCCACCAGGUCUGCGUUGGCGUCUCGUGCGAAAUGGCGGAGAACGAAGACUACAUCUGCGUGGACUGCUCCAUGAAGGCUUCCGGCGGCGGCGGAGGGAUCGCCGUGGAGGAGGAGGUGGCGGAGGAGAGCGUCGUGGUGCUGACGACGUCCAUGUGCGGCGGCGGCGUUGGCGGCGUUGGCGUGCAGAGCAUACCCUCGUCGUCCGUCAUCGCCUCGUGGUCCACCGCUCCACAUUUAAACCCAGUAGUUUCGAAUCAGCAGCAGCAAGAGACUCAGCAGGGCAGUUAGCGCUUAGCAAAUACAACCAAGGACUGAACAUUUUACACAAAACCCAGGUUAGUGUUUCAACCUCAGAGAGGUUGUGCUUGUCAGAAGAUCUGAGCGUUUCUCUAACUGUCCGGAUCGUAAAGCACAACAACAACAACAACAACAACAAAAAAACAUCCUCCGUGUGGCUUCAGCAAUGAAGCGUCCUCUCUCCGAAGAUGUGUUCACAGUUUUAGCUCUAGAAACAUCCACCAGCUACUUCCUGGUCCUCCCUAUGAACAAUAACGGGACGCUGGUACACUUAACUUGCCGUCAGACAAAGACUUUCUCCAGCUGUUGUAUUCAAUGCGAGCAGACAAGUAAAUAAACAUGUUCCCAGUCCCAGAACAUCGUGAACCGCUCUCCUCUGCCCUCUGCCAGGCCCUCCAGACAGUAACAUCUCAAUAUGUAGGUCUCAAGACUAGGAAAAAACAAACGGUUGUAAUGUAGUGGAAUUAUUUAUAAUGUACAUAGCUUUUAAGCAAUUAAACAAAUGGAUUGUGGCUUUUUGUUUCGUUUCUCACCUUUAAUAAACUAUUCCUAGUCAAAUGAGAA